UUUCAAAACCUCCGAAACUGAGAGGGAGAGAGCGAGAAAGAAUCCCCUUCUCCUCCUUGGCUCCUUCCCUCUUCUUAAUCCCCUUUCUCUCACUUUACUUUCUCUCUCUUCAAAUUCUCUCAUCUUUCAUCCUCUUUUUAUAGCAAGAUCCUAUUUUUCGUCAAUUCCACAUUUGAUUUCUUGACAUUGUUAGUCAAAUUUCUGAUAUCGUUUUAUUUUGGGAGCUUGCAGGAUAGUACAGUUCUUUUUUUUGCUUGCUUCAAUUCAAUAUCGCGCUAAGUGUAAAUUGUUUUCUGAAUUCGAUUGUAUAAACGGUAAAUUCGUUGAUUGUUUGAAGGAAAAGUCAUUGAAUUUGAGUUUGCUGUGCAAUUUGAGGUUUUAGAUUUUUGAAUUUUUUCAUAGGAAAGGAAAAAUUUCAAAUUAUUGGAAGUUAAUAAUUGAUUGAUUGAACUCGAUGGAGGAGAGAGAGAAAGGUGGAAAUUCGCCUCCAAAAUCCACUAUGGCGACUGAUUUUCCAGCGAAAAAGCUCGCAAGGCAGCUUGAUUUCACCUCCGUGAGUGGCGUGUCUCACCCGGCUUCAUCAUCAACUUCAGUAGCUCAGCCUUCGUCCGCGUCAGCAGUUCAACAGCUUCCACCUCAGCAGUCUUCGCAGCCGCAGCCGCAGUCGGUAAUGAUUGGGUCGUUACAGCAGCCAGCGGCUCAAGCGCCAUGUUUACUUCCAAUGCGAGUGGCAAAGUCGGAAUCUCCUAAGACACGGUCGCGACCUAACAUUGAAGUCAAAGAUAGUACUCCAAGAAGGCAGAAACUGUGUAACUGUAAGCAUUCACGAUGUUUGAAAUUGUAUUGUGAGUGCUUUGCAUCUGGAGUGUACUGUGAUGGCUGCAACUGUAAUAAUUGUUGUAACAAUGUUGAAAACGAGGCUGCUCGAAGAGAUGCUGUUGAAGCGACCUUAGAACGUAACCCAAAUGCUUUUAGGCCGAAAAUAGCUAACAGUCCACAUAGCAACAGAGACAGCAGGGAAGUUACUGGAGAUGUUGUAGUGGCAAAGCACAACAAGGGAUGCCAUUGCAAAAAAUCAGGUUGUCUGAAGAAGUACUGUGAGUGCUUCCAGGCUAAUAUCUUAUGCUCCGAUAACUGCAAAUGUGUCGAUUGCAAAAACUUCGAUGGGAGUGAAGAACGGCAGGCUCUUUUUCAUGGUGACCAUGCAAAUAACUUGACUUAUGUACAACAGGCAACCAAUACUGCUUUAACUGGAGCUAUUGGAUCAUCUGGUUUUAGUCCUGCACCCAUUUCUAGGAAACGAAAGGGUCAGGAGCUCUUGCUUGCUCCAACAUCGAAAGAUACUUCCCUUUCAAGAGUUGAAAAGUUUCAGCUGGCAAACAAUGUGAAAUCACCAGGACCUUCUGCAACAUCUUUAGGUCCUGCAUCACGCACUGCUCAUCCUGUUGCACUGGGUGCUUCAAAGUUCACAUACAGGUCUUUAUUAGCUGAUAUCAUCCAACCCCAAGAUGUUAAGGAGUUGUGCUCAGUGUUGGUAGUAUUAUCUAAAGAGGCUGCCAAGACAAUAUCAGAAUCUAAUAAAGUUGAUAAAAAGCAAACACAAGAUGGAGAAAUUUCCCACACGUCACCAACUGAGGACAGAUUUCAGAAUCAGGACAAAUCAGAUGUGAAAAAUGUACCUGAUAAUUCUGCCGGUGGAAACCAAACUGAUAGAACAGACCCUGAUGAUUUCAACAUAGAUGGAAAUGAUCAACCAAAAUCCAGGCCAUUGUCCCCUUUAACACUAGCUUUGAGGUGUGAUGAGCAAGACACGAUGUUCAUUGCUGGUGGUUCUCCUAAUGGAUUAGCCAACCAUAUUCAUCAAUCAUCUUCACAAUUGCUGGAGCAAAGCACCUCAGAAAUCUAUGCUGAGCAAGAGAGAAUCGUAUUGACAAACUUUCGAGAUUGCCUUAAUAGGAUUAUUACAUUUGGAGAGUUAAAAGAAACACAAUGUUCUUCCUUAGCUCGAUCAGAUUCUACAAGCUCUCAAGGAAUCAACAACGGCAUCGUAAAGUCAAGAACUGAUAUUCGGAAUCAGCAAGAAGAUUUCAGCAGUGUUUCUAAACCUGCCAUUCCAGCACCAGUUGUUGCCGCACAAAGUAAAGCAUCUGCGAUGAUUAAUGCUACCAGAACUGCUGUUCCAACCAGCAAUAUUGUCUCUCAAAAUCCUCUUGAGACCGACAAUGGUGAUGCAAAACCAAGCAUUUAAGUUAUACAUUUAAUAGGUUCGGAGAUCGCACUGACAACCCAAGUUGCUGACAAACGCAAUAGUAGUUCAUGAUUAAUUUGUCUAGAAGGUGUAAAAUGCCCAAUUUGUAUACAUGCAUUAGUAUCUUGUAUUAUUAGAGGCUUACAGUAAAUUAGUUUAUAGCUCUAAGAUGGAGCAAUUUUAAUUAGUGCUCUUUACAAGAAUUUGCUGGUAACAGUAGUCUAGCAAGCAGCCAAUCACUAUACUGUAGAAUUGUACAUGUGAUAUUUGCUCAACUUCUUUUCUGUUCCUUAUAAUAGUUCAUUUUUUCAAUCAGCGUUGCUUUGCUUAGGUAGUGAAAGUUUCUUACAGUGCAGCAUUACCAUUUAACAAAAAGAAGGAAUUUCAUCCGUCCAGAGUUAAGUCAUAGUUCUUGAAUUUGGGAUAUGCAUCAUCGACUCAUCAUAAUAUACAUAUAAAAUUGCUGACAAUUCAAUUGGUAUCAUUUCUCGCUAUUAGUCUCACCAUUUCUUUAAAAUUGUCACACUUUCUAAUUU